UCUGUAAAAAAAUUCAAACACUUUGGGAUAAAGAAAAAUGAGGAUAGUAAUAACGUAAACAUACAAUUAUUUCGUCAAUUUCCGCGCAGCUAUUAAUUGUUGUUCUGCAGGCUCUGCCACGUUCUCCUAUCUCCAACACCAAGUGGAAAAUCAGCAUUGCAGUUGUUGCCAUCCCCUGGUAACUAAGAUAGCUGUUUUUCAUUCGCUCAUACUCUUAAUGGCACAUUCAUCUGGUUGUUUAAGGUUCCCAACAUGGGCAUAAUGCUUUAUCGUAGACUUGAAAUGGUUUGGUUUAUGUUUCACCUGAGAUUAAAGAGUGAGGUUCCUGCUGUUUAGGUCGCUUGGAGAGCGAAUUUACUGAUCCCUUGCAUAUUAGUGGGCAUAUUUUGUUUCUAUGGCUUCAAGGGCGAUAUUGCGGAGAAAAAAGAGCAUAUUUGACUCCAUCAACCCAUAUUCUGCAUUCAUUCAAAGUUUUUCUUGUUAUGAAAAUCAAGAAUCCUCCACAAUUUGUAACUCAUGUUUCCGUUCUGCAAUUCACCAAUUGCCGAACGAAACUGAUCGAAGGGAAGAAAAUUCUCAUUAUGGCACCAUAGGUUUAUCACCAACUAUUCGCGAAAGAGAAUUUACAAUGUACCUCUCUUGGGAACAUUCAUCAUUGGGCUCAAGGACUAAUAGGGAACAGCUUAUUUCACCUCUGGCAAUAAGGUUGGUGCUCCACAACCGAUGCUAUUUGUCAACUGCUUCUGCAGGUAGUGAGAACAAUAACAAGAAUGAGGAAGCUGCUAUUAAACUGAAGAAGGAGCCUUCACCAGAGGAAUGCGAUCAGGCAGUUGAAGGCUUGAGCUCCGUGAAGGCAAAAGCAAAAGCUAAACAACUGCACGAGUCACAUAAGGCUGUCAAACCUUUACUAAGGAGAAUGUGGGCAAUAUUUCUCGGGAUUGGUCCUGCUUUAAAAGCUAUUGCUUCAAUGAGCAGUGAGGAUUGGGCGAGGAAGUUGAGACAUUGGAAAGAUGAAUUUAAGUCCACAUUGCAACAUUAUUGGCUGGGUACAAAGCUACUUUGGGCUGAUGUUAGGAUAAGCUCACGGCUAUUGUUAAAACUUGCUGGCGGGAAGAGCCUCUCCAGGAGGGAAAGACAGCAGCUAACAAGAACAACAGCGGAUAUUUUUAGGCUAGUUCCUUUUGCGGUUUUCAUCAUUGUUCCGUUCAUGGAGUUUUUGCUUCCGGUAUUCCUUAAACUGUUCCCCAACAUGUUGCCGUCAACAUUUCAGGAUAAGAUGAAAGAACAGGAAGCUCUGAAAAGGAGGUUGAAUGCAAGGAUAGAAUAUGCAAAGUUUCUUCAAGAGACAGUGAAAGAAAUGGCAAAAGAAGUUCAAAACUCUCGAGGUGGAGAAGUGAAGAAAACGGCUGAAGAUCUUGAUGAGUUUAUGAACAAAGUCAGAAGGGGUGCUCAAGUUUCCAAUGAAGAGAUUUUAGGCUUUGCGAAGUUGUUCAAUGAUGAACUUACUUUAGAUAACAUUAGCAGACCCCGCUUGGUGAAUAUGUGCAAAUAUAUGGGUAUUAGUCCAUUUGGUACCGAUGCAUACCUGCGCCACAUGCUUCGACAAAAACUCCAGAAAAUAAAAAAUGAUGAUAAAUUGAUUCAACUAGAGGGUGUGGAAUCUCUUUCUGAGGAGGAACUUCGCCAAGCAUGUCGAGAGAGGGGUUUACUUGGACUACUCUCAGUGGACGAAAUGAUACAACAGUUGCAUGAUUGGCUGGAAUUAUCUCUCAACCAUUCAGUUCCAUCUUCUUUGUUAAUCCUUUCGAGAGCAUUUUCAGUCUCUGGUAAAGUCAAACCUGAGGAAGCUGUUCAAGCAACACUCUCUUCCCUCCCAGAUGAAGUGGUGGAUACUGUUGGAGUCACUACUUUGCCAUCUGAAGAUUCUGUUUCUGAAAGGAGAAGAAAGCUGGAGUUCUUAGGAAUGCAAGAAGAAUUGAUCAAGGAGGAGGAAGAGAGAGAGGAAGAAACGCAGGCCAGGAUGCGGGACUCUGCAGCUAAACAGAAGGAUAUAGCUUUAGAAGAAAUGACAGUACCAACAAAGAGAGAAGCAGAAGAAUUAAAGAAUGCCAAAGGCUUAGAUAAACAAGAGCAGCUUUGUGAGAUCAGUCGUGCAUUGGCCGUUUUGGCUUCAGCAUCUUCAGUGAGCCAGGAACGUGAAGAGUUCUUAAGACUUGUCAAGAAAGAGAUAGAUUUGUACAAUAGUGUGGUCAAUAAAGAAGGUACUGAAGGAGAAGAAGAAAUCAAUAAGGCUUAUAGAGCAUCUAGGAAGGAUAUUGAUGACACUACAGAGACAGCUGUAGAUGACAAAGUUUCAUCGGCACUCAUUGACAAGGUUGAUGCGAUGCUUCACAACCUUGAAAAGGAAAUUGAUGAUGUUGAUGCAAAAAUUGGUGAUGGAUGGCGGUUGCUUGAUAGGGAUUAUGAUGGCAAAGUUACAACAGAGGAAGUUGCUUCAGCUGCAAAUUACCUCAAAGACACCUUAGCAAAGGAUGGAAUCCAACAGCUAAUUAGCAACCUUUCUAAAGAUAGAGAAGGAAAAAUAUGCGUGGAAGAUAUUGUCAGAUUAGCAAGCAAAAUGGAAGAUUCUGAAUCAAGUGAAGAAAAGGAGGAUAAGAGAGGCAAAUACCGACACCCUUAAACUCAGAACAUUUGUUCUAACCCUCAUACACGCCUGCGUAUAUAGAAUAAACAAACAUUGUCAAAGUUAACCUUUGGUUGUUGAUGCAUCAGGCUUAUUUUGUAAAUGGGGGAUAGCUCUCUCAGUCUCUCUUGUCUCUCUUUUGACCCGUUUCAACUUUACAUAAACAGAUUACAGAUAACUCAUCAAACUUGGGGAAUAAAAUCCAGCCUUGCCUUAGGUUGGGGUCCAAACCAUACCAAAGGUACGGAAGUGAUUUUAUGUUGUAAAGAAAAGGUUAUAAGCUAAGGAUUCCCGCCCUUGAAGUUA